GUAUACAAUUCCACAUCAAAGCUUUGGGAGGGUUUUUUUCAAAUACCACCAAAUUUACAAUAUAGUACUGUUUUUUAUACAAUAUUUUCAUAUAGAGAUAGUGGAAAUUUGGCAUAUAUAUCAAGUUCAUCAUUAAGAGAUGAAUUUCAAUUAAAAGUUUUUUCAAAUAAUACUGAUUUAAUUGGGCCAAUAUUCAAAAAUAUAGAUAAAGUUUUGCCAAUUGAGGAUAAUGUUAAAAAAGAGUUUAAAUUUGGUUGGAUUUUCACAAUAUCAGAUCAUUUAAAUGGGUUUAAAGAGGGUAAAAUAAUGGUUAAAGGUGAUUUGGAUAAUUCUGUAUAUAAUUUCACUAUUACACCCGAUCAAAUGAUAUCAGGUAAUAUAUGGGAAGGCCAGUAUCAAAUUAUGUUAUCAGUUAAUUCUUCAAUAUGUGCCUCAAUGAACUAUACGAUCACAUAUGUAGAGUUUUUCGAUACGCAUUUAUUUAAAACAAGUUUCCAACAAACUUUUCUAAAGGCAAACUAUUAUUCACGCUAUCCCCAAUUAAAUCCAUUCAUCAAUUUC